CGUAACUAGGCGGUAACUCAAUUAUAUCAUUCUUAAUGAAGGUUAACUUGCCAUGAGGGCCUUGGUGGAAAUCCGUCGCUAUAUGAAGAAAUGGCUAAAGUACAUGUGCAAGUGGCUAACACGAGCACCCGCGCUGCUCCAACCGUGGUCCAAGUCUACGUGUCAUUCCCAUCGGACGUGGUGGAAGACGGCGACUUAAUAGAGGUGCCGGCGGACGACAAGGAGGAGAGGGUGACCUUUGUGCCCAACAAAGAACGGGUCGAAUUUCCGGACAGGGUUCUGCGCAACCUCACCAAUAUUGCUCUGGAACCGGGCGAGAAGAAGACGGUUGAAAUGACUCUAAGCCUCAAGGAUCUCAGUUACUGGAGGACUUGCCAACAGAAUUGGGUCAUGCCGGACGGCGACUUUCAAAUCUGGGUCGGGCAGAGCUCGCGGGAUCUGCCCUUGUGCGGCAAGUAUUGAAACUGAUACCCCUUCUUUUUUCAUUAACCUUCUUUCUGCACAUAGAAUCUCUCAUAGCUAUCUAUAUAUAUCAGUGCUUGCCC